AUGUCGGGAGCUUUAACUUGCUCUGCGGCUGAUCUCUCUCCCCUACUCGGCCCCAAUGCCACCGCGGCGGCUGAAUAUAUUUGCGGCCAAUUGGGUACCGUAAAUAACAAGUUUACCGAUGCAGCCUAUGCUAUAGACAACACUUACCUCCUCUUCUCAGCUUAUCUCGUCUUUGCCAUGCAGCUGGGCUUCGCUAUGCUAUGUGCUGGCUCUGUUAGAGCCAAGAACACGAUGAACAUCAUGCUCACUAAUGUCCUUGAUGCUGCAGCCGGAGGACUCUUCUAUUAUCUAUUUGGUUAUGCUUUUGCCUUUGGGGAAUCUUCCAAUGGGUUCAUUGGAAGACACAACUUUGGUCUUAAAGACUUUCCGACUCUCACCUCAGAUUACUCCUUCUUCCUCUACCAAUGGGCGUUUGCAAUCGCAGCCGCUGGAAUCACUAGCGGUUCCAUCGCGGAGAGGACUAAGUUCGUGGCCUACUUGAUCUAUUCUUCUUUUUUGACCGGGUUUGUUUACCCUGUCGUCUCUCACUGGUUCUGGUCUCCGGAUGGAUGGGCUAGUCCCUUCCGUUCAGAAGACCGUUUGUUUGUCAUUCCUUACCAUUCUGGUUCCAACUAUGGCCAAUGGAGCGGGAUCGGCCGCACAGCGGUUACAACUACACUCUCCGGAUGCACCGCGGCUCUAACCACACUCUUUGGAAAACGCCUCAUAUCAGGCCACUGGAACGUAACCGACGUUUGCAACGGGUUACUCGGUGGGUUUGCGGCCAUAACCGCAGGUUGCUCCGUGGUAGAUCCAUGGGCAGCGAUUGUAUGUGGCUUCGUGGCUUCCCUCGUCCUUAUUGGAUGCAACAAGCUCGCAGAGCUUCUAAAGUACGAUGAUCCGCUAGAGGCUGCACAACUACAUGGAGGGUGUGGUGCUUGGGGAUUGAUAUUCGUAGGACUCUUUGCAAAGGAGAAAUAUGUAAAUGAGGUAUAUGGAGCGAGUCCCGGAAGGCACUACGGGCUAUUGAUGGGCGGGGGAGGGAAGCUAUUGGGAGCACAAUUGGUUCAAAUAAUUGUGAUUGUUGGAUGGGUUAGUGCCACAAUGGGAACACUCUUCUUCAUCCUCAAACAACUCGAUUUGCUCAGGAUCUCGGAACAUGAUGAAAUGCAAGGAAUGGAUAUAGCACGUCAUGGUGGUUUUGCUUAUAUUUACCAUGAUAAUGAUGACGAUUCCAUUCAGUUUCCUAGAGUGACUGGAUCUCCUGUAGCCCGUGCGCCUAACUCUCCAGCCGUCUGA